CUGCAUUCUGUCGGAUCUUUUGCAAGUCAUGGCUCAAGGAACGACGAAUCGUCGGGCUAGCACCCUUCUGACCUGCAGCUCGCAGGCGCAUCGUACUAUGCCCGAACGAAGAGACUGAGUCCUGAGCACUACCAGCAGCUGAUGGACCGAGGAUGGAGACGAUCUGGCAGCCUCCUCUACAUUCCGGACGCAUCGCGCUCCUGCUGUCCGCACUACACGAUCAGAUUGCUGGCGUCAGAAUUUAAGCCUUCUCGUGACCAGCGGCAGGCAUUAAAUCGAUGGAAUCGCUAUGUGACUGGCGAAAAGUACCUCGAGGAAUCAAGCAAGAAUUUCCCGAAGACCAAAGAGGAGAAGAAGCGGCAGAAUGAGGGAUUUGAUCUUAUCUCAUCAGUCCAUGAAGCCGAGUCGCCCAACCUCAAACCGGGCAUUGAUCCAGAUCAUCAAUUAGAGGUAUCGCUCGAGCCUGACAAGUUCACGGAAGAAAAGUUCGAACUGUUUGACAACUAUCAACGGCACGUGCAUCACGACGGUGACGACGACAUCAGCCGUUCUGGCUUCAAGCGCUUUCUUUGUGACUCGCCCAUUGUCCGGCGCGUAGAUGCCGAUGGCAAGAGACUGGGCAGCUAUCACCAGUGCUAUAGACUAAAUGGUCGGCUGGUAGCAAUGGCUGUGCUUGAUCUCUUGCCUCAUGCCGUAAGUGGCGUGUACUUCCUCUAUCACAGCGACUUCGCAAAAUGGUCGUUCGGAAAACUUUCUGCGCUGAGAGAAGCAGCUCUUGCGCUUGAAGACGGCUACAAUUACUACUACAUGGGCUACUACAUUCACUGCUGUAGGAAGAUGCGGUACAAAGGAGAUUACAAGCCACAGCACGUACUCGAUCUCAACAACAUGCAAUGGCAGCCAUUAAACGACGAGCUUCGGCAUCUGAUGGAGACAAGAAAGUGGGCUAGCGUGUCCAAGGAGCGGGAAAGACAAUCACUGUUGCGAGCUGCAGAUUCUGGCAACUCGGAUGCAGAUGUUCAGGAACAGAUGCCGAAUCGAGCAUUAGCUGAAGCCAUGGACGACGUGCUUUACCCGACACCACUAGAAGCGAUGCACUCUGGUCUCUCGCUCCUUCAAUUAGGUAUGCCAGGUGUGAUGACCUUGGAAACUUUACAGCAGGCCGUAGAUCUUGAUAAUAUGAAGAUCUUUCUCAAGAAUGCCGGAGUUCACCCAACACAGAACAUCGUCUCCUGGGACACGGGAUCACCGCUGGACAAGACCACGCUCAAAGGCCUGUUCGCAGAAUUUGCCGCUGCUGUGGGGCCAGUCAUCGCCCGGGAUGCUAUUGUCGACUUCAGCUGA